GUCCAAUUCAAUUCAAUUUCAAUCUCAUCAAGAAAGUAAAAUACUCAAACUCAUCACAUAUAUAUUACACACACCAUAACCAUAACACAAAGAACAAGAAUCAUUAUUCUUCUUCUUGAAUCUUCUUCACAGUGAUUAUGGAUUCAUCAUCAUCUUAUUCACGUAUCAACAAAUCCACAAAACCUUCUUUUUCAUCAUCCAUGAAAAAAACUCAUCUUUACGUUCUCCUCGUUUUUCUCUGCGGAGCCUUUUAUCUCCUAGGCGCAUAUCAACAACGUGCACCAUACACCACCACCACCCCAACCGAAAAAACCAUCAUAACAACAACACCAUGCAACUAUCCAAAUCCCCAAACUACCCUCAAUUUUCAAUCAAAUCACAGCGCCACAACCACCGAAACAACUGAAACAACAACAAUCGUCUUCCCUCGAUGUACCGCGAAUUUCAGCGAAUACACACCGUGUGAAGAUCCAACAAGAUCGUUAAGGUAUAAACGUAGUAGAAUGAUAUAUAGAGAAAGACACUGUCCAAUUAAAGGAGAAGAGGAUUUGAAGUGUAGAGUUCCGCCGCCGUAUGGUUAUCGGAAUCCCUUUCCGUGGCCAGCAAGUAGAGAUGUUGCUUGGUAUGCAAAUGUACCUCACCGUGAACUUACGGUUGAAAAAGCAGUUCAGAAUUGGAUCCGUUAUGACGGUGAUAGGUUCUUUUUUCCCGGCGGUGGAACUAUGUUUCCUAAUGGUGCUGAUGCUUACAUUGAUGAUAUCGGAAAGUUGAUAAAUCUUAAAGAUGGUUCUAUUAGGACUGCUCUUGAUACUGGCUGUGGGGUUGCUAGCUGGGGUGCAUAUCUUGCAUCACGUAACAUAAUAACAUUAUCAAUAGCACCAAGGGAUACACAUGAAGCACAAGUUCAGUUUGCUCUAGAACGAGGUGUUCCUGCAAUGAUUGGUGUCUUAGCCUCCAAGAGAUUACCUUUUCCUUCAAGAGCUUUUGACAUUUCCCACUGCUCUCGUUGCUUAAUUCCAUGGGCUGAAUAUGAUGGCAUUUUUCUCAAUGAAGUCGAUCGAGUUUUGCGCCCGGGUGGUUACUGGAUUUUAUCUGGACCACCAAUUAAUUGGAAGAAACACUGGAGAGGAUGGCAGAGAACAAAGAAGGAUUUGAAUGAAGAACAGACCAAAAUUGAAAAGGUUGCUAAAAGUCUUUGUUGGACUAAGUUAACUGAGAAAGAUGAUCUUGCUAUUUGGCAGAAACCCAAAAACCAUUUAGAUUGCAAAUCCGCGCGUAAGCUCGCUACAAGCCGCCCCUUUUGCAGUGCACAAGAUAGUCCUGACAGUGCCUGGUAUACUGAUUUGAAAACAUGUUUGAGUCCUGUUCCUGAAGUUUCCAACAAAGAAGAAACUGCUGGUGGGAUAUUGGAGAAUUGGCCACAGAGACUUGAGUCUGUUCCACCAAGGAUUCACAAGGGUACUAUUGAAGGGGUUACUUCUGAAACUUUUUCUAAAGAUUAUGAGCUUUGGAAGAAAAGAGUGUCACAUUAUAAGAAAGUGAAUAAUCAACUAGGAACUACAAGAUACCGUAACAUUUUGGAUAUGAAUGCUAACUUGGGUGGAUUUGCAUCUGUUUUAAUUAAGGAUCCUGUUUGGGUCAUGAAUGUGGUUCCUGUUCAAGCUAGUGUUAAUACACUUGGAGCAAUAUAUGAAAGGGGAUUGAUUGGAAUAUAUCAUGAUUGGUGUGAAGCAGUGUCUACUUAUCCAAGAACCUAUGAUUUAAUUCAUGCUGAUUCACUGUUCAGCCUUUACAAUGGCAGAUGUGAAUUGAAAGACAUAAUGCUAGAAAUGGAUAGGAUUCUUAGACCUGAAGGAGCAGUAAUAAUCAGAGAUGAUGUUGAUGUAUUGUUGAAAGUAAAGAACAUUGGCAAUGGAUUAGAAUGGGAUAGUGUUAUUGUAGAUCAUGAAGAUGGACCACUUCAAAGGGAGAAGCUUCUAUUUGCUGUCAAGAAGUAUUGGACUGCUCCUGCUGCUUCCGACAAGACUAAUUAAAAACUUUUAGAUUCUUUAAUUUUCUGAUUUUUUUUCUUCCAAUUCUUUCAAACAAUUCACACAUAUUUUGAGGCUAAUUCUAUUCUAUGUUGUACAAAUAAGAUAGUCUUGUGUCAUGCACAAGUUAUUUUUCCAUUCACUUGGUCUAAUGGUGAGAUUUGUUGAUCCAUUAGUGGGAAAAUAAAACUUGUAUAAAGCUUUAUUUGUCUAUGGAAUGGAGUUUUGCUUUAACUGUGCAUAAAGCAUCUUUGUGGUAUUACUGGAGAAUAAAAAACCAGUUAAGCAUUGACCAAAAAAAAAACCCAGUUAAGCUCAAAAGUUUUGUAGCAUGUUUGAUAGUUUGAUGUUUUCAUUCAAAA